AAAAUGAAGAGUUUUCUCUUAGUGAAGAUGCUGUGUGCAUUUGCUCUGCUUCUGCUGGUGGCCAGAGCGACUGAAGCACGGAUUGUGAGUAAAUGUGAGCUGAAGGAGAAGCUGGAAGCAACUCAGAUCGAGGUCAUUAGAGCCAUGGGGGACAAAAUGAUUGUGGAGGAGCUCAUCUCUAGACUUGUCUGCAAAGCCAGCAUGACAGGCUUCAACACCAGCUUGGUUAAAACCAUCAUCGUCAACCCGAACCCCUUAAAUAUCUUCUCCACCCGGCGUUUGGUCUGGCGUCUGUAUGGCUUGUUUCAGCUCAGUGAUCAGUGGGCCUGUGAUUCUGGCCUGACACCGUCGCUCAACGUCUGUAACAUCAGCUGCUCUGACUUGAUCGAUGAUGACGUCACUGAUGACAUCGCCUGCUUGAAGACCGUGAUCAGCAGCAUUAAACCUAGACCCAAACAGAAGCCCAAUGAAAUAACUCUACCUAUUACAACAUUGAGCACUAUUUUGGUGAGGGAGUGUCACUUCAUUGUUGCCUCUGAGUAUUUCUUUGAGUGUCUGACUCCAACAUCACCAGUGACCGCAACAUCACCACAGACCGCAACAUCACUUUUAAAUGCAACACUGCAAGGGAAUGGAACAACAGCAUAAUUCACUCUUCUAACCCGCUGCAUCAUGUAGAUGUGAACUACAGAAUCGACAUGUUAUCUUACUACCAAUACAUAACCCUGCUUCUGAUUAGCCGUAUUGUUACUGUCACUUUAAGAACAAAACAUUCCAAUGAUUCCAUGGCAACAACCUUUGAUUACUGUCACUUUAUAAGCACAACUUUAUAUUGUUCUCAUGGUAACAUUGUUUAAUUUAUGCUACUUUAAAAACAUAACACUCCAAUGUUCUCAUGAUAACAGUCUUUGAUUUCUGUCACUUUUAAAAGCACAACAUUACAUUGUUCUCAUGGUAACGGCGUUUAAUUUGUUACUAUAAAAAACACAACAUUCCAAUGAUUCCAUGGCAACAGCCUUUGAUUUCUGUCACUUUUAAUAGCACAACAUUACAUUGUUCUCAUGGUAACAGCGUUUAAUUUGUUACUAUAAAAAACACAACAUUCCAAUGAUUCCAUGGCAACAGCCUUUGAUUUCUGUCACUUUUAAUAGCACAACAUUACAUUGUUCUCAUGGUAACAGCGUUUAAUUUGUUACUAUAAAAAACACAACAUUCUAAUGAUUCCAUGGCAACAGCCUUCGAUUUUUGUCACAUUUAAAAAGCAGAAUAAUCAAUUGUUCUCAUGAUAACAACAUUUAAUCUGUUAUUUUUAAAACACAACAUUCCAUUGAUUCCAUAGCAAUAGCAUUUAAAUUAUAUUACUUUAAAAACAACAUUCUAAUGAUUCCAUGGCAACAGCCUACGAUUUCUGUCACUUUAAAAAGCACAACAUUUUAUUGUUCUCACGGUAAUGGCGUUUAAUUUGUUAUUAUAAAAAACACAACAUUCCAAUAAUUCCAUGGCAACAGCCUUCGAUUUCUGUCAAUUCCAUUGUUCUCGUGGUAACAACGCUUAUGUUACUUUUAAAAAUAUAACAUUCCAUUGAUUCCAUGGCAACAGUGUUUAAUUUAUAUUACUUUGAAAACAUAACAUUGCAACGAUUCCAUGGCAACAGCCUUCAAUUACUAUCACUUUCAAAAGCACAACAUUCCAAUUUUCUCGUGGUAACGAUGCUUAUGUUACUUUAAAAAAUAUAACAUUAAAACAAUUCCAUGGUAACAGCCUUUGAUUUCUGUCACUUUUAAAAGAACAACAUUCCAUUGUUCUCACGGUAACAUGGUUUAAUUUAUAUAACUUUUAAAACACAACAUUCCAGUGAAUCCAUGGCAACAGCCUUUGAUUUCUGUCACAUUUAAAAAGCAGAAUAUUCCACUGUCCUCGUGGUAACAGCAUUUAAUUUAUGUUACGUUAAAAACAACAUUCCAUUGAUUCCAUGGCAACAGCCUUUGAUUACUGUCACUUUAUAAGCACAACUUUAUAUUGUUCUCAUGGUAACAUUGUUUAAUUUAUGCUACUUUUAAAACAUAACACUCCAAUGUUCUCAUGAUAACAGCCUUCGAUUUCUGUCAGUUUAAAAAGCACAACAUUACAUUGUUCUCAUGGUAACAGCGUUUAAUUUGUUACUAUAAAAAACACAACAUUCCAAUGAUUCCAUGGCAACAGCCUUUGAUUUCUGUCACUUUUAAAAGCACAACAUUGCACUGUUCUCAUGGUAACAGCGUUUAAUUUGUUACUAUAAAAAACACAACAUUCCAAUGAUUCCAUGGCAACAGCCUUCGAUUUUUGUCACAUUUAAAAAGCAGAAUAAUCAAUUGCUCUCAUGAUAACAACAUUUAAUCUGUUACUUUAAAAACACAACAUUCCAUUGAUUCCAUAGCAACAGCAUUUAAAUUAUAUUACUUUAAAAACACAACAUUCUAAUGAUUCCAUGGUAACAGUCAUAGAUGUCUGUCACUUUAAAAAGCACAACAUUGCAUUGUUCUCAUAGUAACGGCGUUUAAUUUGUUACUAUAAAAACACAACAUUCUAAUGAUUCCAUGGCAACAGCCUACGAUUUCUUUCACUUCCAUUGUUCUCAUGGUAACAACGCUUAUGUUACUUUUAAAAAUAUAACAUUCCAUUGAUUCCUUGGGCAACAGCGUUUAAUUUAUAUUUCUUUGAAAACAACAUUACAAUGAUUCCAUGGCAACAGCCUUCAAUUCUUGUCACUUUUAAAAGCACAACUUUCCAUUGUUUUCAUGGUAAUAUGGUUUCAUUUGUCACUUUAAAAGCACAACAUUCCAUUCUUUCCAUGGCAACAGCGUUUAAUUUAUAUUACUUUGAAAACAUAACAUUCCAAUGAUUCCAAUACAACAGCCUUCGAUUUCUGUCACUUUUAAAAGCACAACAUUCCAUUGUUCCCAUGGUAACAGUAUUUGUUCCAUUAAAAUAUAACAUUCCAUUGUUUUCAUGGCAACAGCGUUUGAUUUCUGUCACUUUAAGAACGCGAUCUUCUGAUGUUUCUUUUGAAUGGUGAUGGGGUCAAUAUGGCGGUGGUGGGACCUGUGUGAGUUUAAUAAACAUAUAAAGCCUCUGAAUAAAGGGUGCUGGUGCUUUAAUAAACUUUUAUUUAUUGGA